AUGCCGAGCCUGGCAGAUGUGGUGCUCGCCCAGGAGGAACCAGACCUUGAGGAUGAGGCGCUGAACGCCGAGCUGGCUUCCUUGGCAGCGCUGCGUGCUCAGCGCCAGCAGCGGGAGCGGGAGGCCCGGCCGCCAAGCGCUCGAGGCACCCUGCCGCAUGAAGCGCAGCCCCAAUCUGAGGCUACGCAGGUCCGAUUUUCUGGAGUCAAUGCGGAUGCUCUGCUAUCAAGAGCAGAGCAAGCCGAAAAUGCCGUUGACAAGGAGAUCGAAGCAAUGGAUCGUGAGCUGCAGCGUCAGGUGGCUGAGUUCCGGAAGCAACAGCGGAGGGACUCGCAGCCUUCCUGCGAGGAGGAAGGUGCUUCACUGACAGAUCCAGCUCCUUUCCCUCCGGACAUUCUGGACAGCAUCGACAGCGCAGAGCUGCGCGAACUCAAGGACCUUGCCGCCAAGAUGGACGAAGCAUUUCCAGACGAGGGCGCUCCUUACCCCCCUGCCGCGGUGGACGGAUUUGAGGUGCCGGAGGCUGAGAGUGAGGACACCGAGGUGACUGAGUUCAAGAAGCUCCUGGAUCAGCUCGACGUUCGUUUGAGGGCUCUGCAGGGGAAGGAAGCCCUCAAGCUGCCCCUUGACGAGGCGCCAGAGUCCUUCAUCCCCAAGGCAGUGACGGAUACCUUGCAGGAGCUACGAUCGCAGAACCAGUACCUGCGCAAGUCGCUGGAAUCCGAACGUCGCAAGGGGAAGUUAGACCUGGACAGCACGCUGCUUGAAAAGUGA